AUGACGGACCAAGUACGCAAAAUCUUCACUAAACGGGCUACUGUGUGGCCUCACGAUUACCGAACAGUUCGAGCGUAUAAGUACUUCAGGAGUUCUUACUUAAUCUCUGCUAUUUUGGGCUACAAUUUCUUUCCUUUUACGAUUUUCAAGUCGAGAUUCGUUAUAAUUAUAUUUACAAUUUACGCUUUGUCCGUGUCCAUUGGAUUUUCAUAUCUGGUACUGAGUUAUGUGAAAUACCUAGACCGUUCGCCAUAUGUUUACAUAGCUGCAGAAUACAUCACUACUGUAAUAUUGCUGCUCUUUAUGAAUGCUGAUAAUCGAGCUCAAUUUUUAAGGAGCCUAGAAUUUAUUGAUGAUAAACUCCAUGUUGACGGGUCGUAUUACUAUCGAAUACAGAAAAUAACUCAAGUCUUCGUUAUAAUCGUUAUACUUAUGAGAUUUUUUUAUUCAAUGGCUGUAUGCUUUUCAUUCAGAUUGAACUGUGACGAAUCUCCUAUAAUCGUCUUCACCUCAGGAUUCAUUUUAAUUGCCGUAGACGCAAACCAAAUACCACGUUUAAUAACGUUUUUCAUGAUCAAAUUUAGGGUAUCCCUUCUGAGGAAUAAAGUGGAGAAUUUGUUUCAAAAUAUUGGUAUAUCUGUAAUUGACACAAAAGAUAAAAGAAAAAGUCUCCUUUUAUGUCAAGAUAUUUAUGAAGAUAUUAUUGACUCUGUCAAUAUCAUCAGCAACCAAGUCGAUCCUUUCUUCCUGUUGAGUUUGGUUUGCAGUUUUCCCAAGAUAAUGCUUCUAUUGUACAACAUAAUUGUUCUUCAAAAAAGAGGGGUGCCGAUAAUUCACUUGGUAGCGCUCGGAUUGGAGGCGAUGCAAUGGGCUCUGAUUCCUUGUCUACCGGGAAUCCUGUUCGAGAUGACACGAGCGCAUGUUGACAAAAUGAAACUAUUCCUGCUGAAACACUACAAAGAUAGUACGCGUAACAAUUACCCUAUCAAAGCGGAAAUAAAGGAAUUCCUGGACUACAUCGAGAUACGGCCAUGUCGCUACUUGCUGUACCGGUUCAUUCCAGUGGACCUGUCGCUACCAGUCUGCUUGUUCCAUCUUUGCACCACUUAUCUCAUCGUCAUGAUACAAUUCUCGCAUCUGUUCGAUGAUGCUGCCUAGAUUGUAACCGAUUGUAUUUAAUAUCUGAGAGACCGACCUUUGCUCGGAAAACAUAUUAUAAAAACUCAAAAAUGCGCUUUUCCCAAAGAUAAAACCUAGGUAGAUCGAUUUUUCGCCCCCGAAAACCCCCAGAUAGCAAAAUUCAUCGAAAUUGUUAGAGCCGUUUCCGAGAUCCCAGAAAUAUAUAUAAUAAUAUAAAUAAAUAUACAAGAAUUGCACCUCGUGAAACCCCCGGUCUCCGCAAUCAUAGGAAAAAAAUGAAUCUGAAAAAAAAUGUAUUCACUUAUUAAAUUUACUUACAAAAUUUACAUCACGGAAUAAUCUCUAUAACCAAAACAGCGUUAAGAUUAAUAUAAAUAGUAGAUUUACCUAUAUAAUAUUCUUCGUAGCUACUUUCUUAGGGUUAACAUAUUUUUAUAUAUUACCCAUUGGUACAUCUUCCGUUAGAAAUGUGGUCUAUAAAUUGAUAAACAAUAUUGACGUUUUGACAUCAAACUGUACUUUAUCGCUAGGUUUCUAUGUCAAUAUUUUAUUGAAUAGCUUUGAUAUAUCACGUUUAGUGCGUAGGCAAAUAAUAAAAUAGUUUUUAUCGAAGGGUUGAUCUAUAGCAUCAAGGUAAGGGGAAGUAUGCUGAGUCAACAAUAGUUUGUUGGAUUUCAAUGUGUUUGUCGUAGCCUUUAUUUUUAUUUUAUUAGGUACA